ACUGAUGUUGUGGGAAGCAUGGACCUAAUGAACGGGCAGGCAAGCAAUGUUAAUAUUGCUGCUACUGCUUCUGAGAAAAGUAGCAGUUCCGAAUCAUUAAGUGACAAAGGUUCUGAACUGAAGAAAAGCUUUGAUGCUGUGGUAUUUGAUGUUCUCAAGGUUACACCAGAAGAAUAUGCGGGUCAGAUAACGCUAAUGGACGUUCCAGUAUUUAAAGCCAUUCAACCAGAUGAACUUUCAAGUUGUGGAUGGAAUAAAAAAGAAAAAUACAGUUCUGCACCAAAUGCUGUUGCCUUCACAAGAAGAUUUAAUCAUGUAAGCUUUUGGGUUGUUAGAGAAAUUCUUCAUGCUCAGACAUUAAAAAUUAGAGCAGAAGUUUUGAGCCACUAUAUUAAAACUGCUAAGAAACUGUAUGAGCUGAAUAACCUUCAUGCACUUAUGGCAGUGGUUUCUGGCUUACAGAGUGCCCCAAUCUUCAGGUUGACUAAAACAUGGGCGUUACUAAGUCGAAAAGACAAAACUACCUUUGAAAAAUUAGAAUAUGUAAUGAGUAAAGAAGAUAAUUACAAAAGACUAAGAGACUAUAUAAGUAGCUUAAAGAUGACGCCUUGCAUUCCCUAUUUAGGUAUCUAUUUGUCAGAUUUAACAUACAUUGAUUCAGCAUACCCAUCAACUGGCAGCAUUUUAGAAAAUGAGCAAAGAUCAAAUUUGAUGAAUAACAUCCUUCGAAUAAUUUCUGAUUUACAGCAGUCCUGUGAAUAUGAUAUCCCCAUGUUGCCUCAUGUCCAAAAAUAUCUGAACUCCGUUCAGUAUAUAGAAGAACUACAGAAGUUUGUGGAAGAUGAUAAUUACAAGCUUUCAUUAAAGAUAGAACCAGGGACCAGCACACCACGUUCUGCUGCUUCCAGAGAAGAUUUAGUAGGUCCCGAAGUAGGAGCAUCUCCACAAAGUGGAAGAAAAAGCGUGGCAGCUGAAGGAGCCUUGCUACCGCAGACGCCACCAUCCCCUCGGAACCUGAUUCCCCACGGACAUAGGAAGUGCCAUAGCUUGGGUUAUAAUUUCAUUCAUAAAAUGAACACAGCAGAGUUUAAGAGUGCAACGUUCCCAAAUGCAGGGCCAAGACAUCUAUUAGAUGAUAGCGUCAUGGAGCCCCAUGCACCGUCUCGAGGCCACGCUGAAAGUUCUACUCUUUCUAGUGGAAUAUCAAUAGGUAGUAGUGAUGGUUCUGAACUAAGUGAAGAGACCUCAUGGCCUGCUUUUGAGAGGAACAGAUUAUACCAUUCUCUCGGCCCGGUGACACGAGUGGCACGAAAUGGCUAUCGAAGCCACAUGAAGGCCAGCAGUUCCGCAGAAUCAGAAGAUUUGGCAGUGCAUUUAUAUCCAGGAGCUGUUACUAUUCAAGGUGUUCUCAGAAGAAAAACUUUGUUAAAAGAAGGCAAAAAGCCCACAGUAGCAUCAUGGACAAAGUAUUGGGCAGCUUUGUGUGGGACACAGCUUUUUUACUAUGCUGCCAAAUCUCUAAAAGCUACAGAAAGAAAACAUUUCAAAUCAACAUCGAAUAAGAAUGUAUCCGUGGUAGGAUGGAUGGUGAUGAUGGCUGAUGACCCAGAACACCCAGAUCUCUUCUUGCUGACUGACUCUGAGAAAGGAAAUUCAUACAAGUUUCAAGCUGGCAACAGAAUGAACGCGAUGCUGUGGUUUAAGCACUUGAGUGCAGCCUGCCAGAGCAACAGACAGCAGAGUCACAAAGUGUCAGAUCAGAAUUUAUCUAAUGAUAAGUUUUAUUCUUCCAUAUGUAUUUUCAUGAUGACUUCACAAAGAAAUUCUUUGUAA